GAUUGACUUGACCACAAAGAGCUGUACACCCUUUUCUUCCAUUCUUUUCCUUCAACUCUUCUCCUUCUUUGCAGUUUCCUUAAAACCAAAUUUCACCGUAAAAAACUCCUACUUUAUUGACCUGACUUCUAACACAAUAUAUUACUAUUACUAAAGUGUUUAAGUAUAUAUAAGUGUCAUUUGUAGGUGACUUGAAUGGAGGAUUUGCAAGCAAGUAACCAACUGGUAUGGCAUAAUUGGAAGAAAUAGAUCAACAAAAAUGGGACCUGAGGAGCCUGAAGAGAACAUCACUUACAUGGAUGCUUCGUUGUAUAAGGCAGCUACCAUCACAUUUGCAGCAGCAAUAACCGUACCUGGUGGUUUGAAAAGUGAAAAAGGGUCAGAACAGGGCACUCCUUUUCUGAUUGAUGAGGCAGCCUUUAAAGUAUUUGUUGUAACAAAUGCAUUGGCCUUUAUUCUCUCUAUUUCUGCCCUCUCUAUCCACUUUGGGAACCUGGAUAUUCUUUUAUCAAACUUCAAUAUUUGGGGUAUUGAAACAAUUUUAUAUCGAACUCAGUCCGUUUCUAAUCUCCUUGGCCGUGCAAUGAUUGCGAUGGUGAUUGCUUUUAGCACAGGCACAUGUGAAGAAGCCAAAGUUUCAAGAAGUAGCCCAAGCCAUGCAUGCAGCUGUAAAGAAAAGAAAAGAGACCAAACUGUUGUACUAUUACCGGGUGACGUAUGCAUCUUGAACCAGAAAAGUUGGCCUCCAUGCAGCUCAUGCAGAUUCAUGCACGCAAGAAUUUUUUACACAUAAGUUUCCCGGGUAAAAUACGUGCAAUAGGAGAUGUUUAUGCUACUGUUUCAUCACAGUUUUAUUUUGUUACUCUUUAACAAUAUUUUUGUAAUAUAGUUCAUUUUGAAUUAUGUUUGGAUGACAAUUGAUGUAACUUGAUGGUCAAAGAGCUGGUUACCAGCUUUGUUUAAGCGUGCAAGUAAUAUCACCUAGUUCCAAUGUAAUAAGUGGGGUUAGGUAGUGUUUAGGUGAUGAAUUUGUUGAUCUUUUGACCAGCCAAUGAUUGGUAUAUGUAAUGGCUUUGAGCCAAAGUUUCUUUUGAAUGAAAUCAUCAAAUUUUCUUUC